AUGAGGAAGUCAAGUCUUAGUAAAGCUCAGAGGAAUUUUCAAGUGUUCAAUAGAAAUGAUCACGUAAAUCAGUAUGAAAACUUACCGGAAUCUGCUGUUGAAGAUAAAAACGGUAGUCUAGAUGGUAACGAUGAUUUUAUUGCAUUCGAUGAUAGCAGUUCCGAGGAUGAAGGUGGAAAAGAAGAGCAGGAAACAGAAUCUGUUGAGGAAUCCGGUGAACAAGUAUUACCCACUGUUAAUACUGAUUACCCUUGGAUUUUGAACCAUGACCAUUCCAAACAGAGAGAGAUUGCAGAUUGGCUUACUCUAGAGAUUCGUGAUUUCGUUGCAUACAUUUCGCCAAGCAGACAGGAAAUUGAACUGAGAAAUAAAACAAUUCGUACUCUAAGACAUGCUGUCAGGAAAUUAUGGCCAGGAGCAGAUCUGCAAGUGUUCGGAUCGUAUGCUACAGAUUUAUAUCUACCGGGAUCUGAUAUCGACUGUGUGAUCAAUAGUAAAACUGGUGAUAAGGAGAAUAGAUCAUCGCUAUACGAAUUGGCACAUUUUUUGAAAAACCGCAAGUUAGCUACACAGGUGGAGGUUAUUGCAAAGGCUCGUGUUCCAAUUAUAAAAUUUGUUGAACCAACUUCUCAAAUCCAUGUUGAUGUUUCAUUUGAAAGAACGAACGGUUUGGAAGCAGCCAAAUUGAUUAGAUCCUGGUUACAACAAACGCCAGGGUUAAGAGAAUUGGUACUAAUUGUCAAACAAUUUUUACAUGCACGUAGGUUGAAUAACGUUCAUACAGGUGGACUCGGUGGAUUCAGUAUUAUUUGCCUUGUCUAUGCGUUUCUCAACUUACAUCCUCGUAUCGUUACAGGUGAAAUUGAUGCAAGAUACAAUUUGGGAGUUUUAUUGAUCGAUUUUUUCGAAUUAUAUGGUAAAAAUUUUGGGUAUGAUGAUGUGGCUGUUGUUGUAGCAGACCAAAGACCAUGUUAUAUGCAUAAAAGCGAUUGGUUAGACUUGAGGCUAAGUGGUGGUGGUAGUUUCACUUUAGCCAUUCAAGAUCCAGGCGAUUCUUCAAAUAACAUCUCAAGAAGUUCCUUUAAUCUACGUGAUAUUAAAAAGGCAUUUGCUGGUGGAUUUGAUCUUUUAACCAAUAGAUGUUUUGAGUUGGAUGCUGCGACUUUUAAGGAUCGUGUGGGUAAGAGUAUUUUGGGUAAUGUUAUCAAAUACAGAGGUAAAUUGAGAGACUUUAACGAUGACCGUGAUUUGGUGGCUAAUUCUGCAAUUAUAGAAAAUGAAAAGUACCACAAAAAACGUUCAAGAAUCGUCCAUGAUAAUGAUGAAGUAUUUAUAGACCCCAGCGAAUCUGAGAAUGAAGCUUUAAAGGAGGAACAGGAUUCUUACUUAAUUCAGGAACCUGAACAACCUCCAAAGAAAAGGCGACAAACCAAAAGUGUUGACGAACUCAUGGGGGUUCCCAAUGAAGAUGAAGAAGACGAUUAUAACCCUUUGAACAGAGAAACCGAUGAAUCAAUUACUCUGAAAAAUUUUACAGUUGAUGCCCAGACUAAGAGAGAUUACUGGCUCAACAAGGGCAAUUCUAUGUCAAAUUAA